CUUUUAUUUCCAUAUAUAUAACAUAUUGUAUUUAUCAAUACAAUAAUGUGUUCUUUACUGACUUGGUAAUUGUAGGUAGAAAUGAGCCAACAUUCAAGUUAUAAUAAUUAUAUUGAAGCUAAAAGUUAUGAAUACUAUUAUGUCUGCAAUUUUAUCUUCAAGUACCUAUUCAAGUAAAAGUGUUGUAGACAAACAAAAAUUACUUGCAAAUCUCCAUAAUGCUGUAAAAACUUGCCAAAAUAAGUAUGGAGGAAGGACAGAAUUAGCUACAGAAUCUGAUAAUAGUAUUGUUAUUUUGUGUCAUUGUUUCGAAGCUGUUUUAAAUCAUGGUCUUCGACAACAGCCUUCUUCAGCCCUGAAACAAAUGGCAGAAUUGAUUGCGGGUCCUGAAACACCCACAUUUUGGAAUUAUGUUGAAAGUCAACUUACUAGUCAUGAAAAGGAGAGAUACACAUCGUUGCGACUAGUUUGGACUGAUAGGGGCCGAGCAAGAUCUCUUUUACGAGCUGCAAUAAAUGAAAGGUCUUUAGAGAGAUAUUUACACUGCUGGCUUGGUCAUUCAUCUUUAGAACAAUAUUAUGAAGAAUGGGCAAUAAUGAGAGAUCCAGAAGCUAGUGCCAUGUUGCCUAACUUAGCUGCAGGUUUAAUAUCUAUUUUAUUUGCUAUUACUAUUGAUAGUUUGGAUCUUAACUCGUCAAAAGAUCUAAAUUUAGAAAUAUUGCAUCGAUCAGAACCUAUAAUAGCAGUACCACCACCAACUAUUCCAAAAAGAAAAUCUGGAAAUCAUCAUGUAAUAUCAUUUGAUGAUGAUGAUGAGAAUGCAUUAAUAUCCAAAACUGAUCCCACAAGUCACCCUGUUGAAAAAGUAUUCAGUCAACCUUCAAAGAGUUCCGAAAUAAAACUAGAUUCAAAUAACGUAGAACAAGAAGUAAUCAACUCUGAAAAAGUUGAAAUAAUUACUUCUGCAAAAGAAAAUGAAAGCACAAGUAUUCUAACUGAUGAACUGAAUCAUGACAAGAGUCAAGUUGUUCAGGUACGCUAUCAGAAUAUUCCACAACAUUCUACUAAGGAGAAUGUAUCAGAUCAAGUAUCGAAUUUAAGUGAUUCAGGCUUAGGGGAAGGGCCUUUUCCUUUAGUUGAAAGCUAUACAUCAAGUACAAUUUCAUUAAAAGGUUCUGUGGAUUCAACAGAAUCAAACACUUUUCAAACUGAUAUUGAAAUAUUACAAUUAAAAUUAGAAGAAAAGGAAGAACGUUGCAACUGGUUAGAGGCUCGUGUAGCUGAAUUAAGCAGAGAAAACCAACAAUUAAAACAAGCUAAUAAUUUAGUUUCUGGUCCAUCAUUUACAAUAAGCAUACCAAAAGUGCAUAAAAUUGGAUCACACUACGAAUAUGAAAUUUUAAUAUCAUCAAAUCAUCAUAAUGAAUCAUGGAGGUUACUCAGAAGAUAUAAUAUAUUUUAUAAUUUGCAUAAGGAACUAUGCAAGAAAAAUCCAUCACUUAACAAGCUGGAUUUUCCUCCAAAAAAGGCUAUAGGAAAUAUGAGUAAUGUUGUUAUUGAAGAACGAAGACAGAGAUUGCAGGCAUACCUAAGACAACUUAUUAAUUUGUUGCCUCAAUUAGGUUGCUGUACAACCAGAACUCAACUGGAAAGAACUUUAACAUUUUUUAGAACAGAGCAAGAAAUAUAA